AAAUCAUCAGAAAAGAAUAUAUCCAUUGCCUGCAGCAUCAACGGAAAUACCUUCAGAGCAACUAAUAAUGAAGGAAACAACAUCGCUGCACUCAACAACAUCGGAAAUAUAUACACUGCCAACAGCAGAAACGAGAAUAUCUUCAUUGCCAGCAACAGAAACGGAAACAACUUCACUAUUGGACACUACAACAGAUUUUGAUGACAUAUCAAAUGACAGUAUAACUGAUUCUGAAUCUACAGACGAGGACUUAUACAAAUAUACUGUAGCUCCAAUUACAGAAACGUUUGACAAUGAAGAAUUACUAUGGCCAGAUUGGAUUUAUACAGUCAUAGAAACUACGACAUCGUUUAUAUCAUCAGCGUUUUCCGAAGCAGGAGGUAUAACGUCUGUCACUCAAAGUACACCUGACGAUAAAUACGGAAAUACAACAGCAGUUGAGAAUUCUUCCACUUCGGAAAGUAUGACAUUAACAACAGUUAAGGUUCUUUCCACACCUGGAAGCAUAACAUCAACAACAGUUAAUGUUUCUUCUCCCGCAUCGGAAAGUACGGUUUUAACAACAGAUAAGGUUCCUUCAAAACUGGGAAGUACAACAUCGCCGACAGUAAAUGUUUCUUCCACAUCGGAAAGUAAAUCAUUUACAACAGUUAAGGCUCGUUCAAAGCCCGGAAUUAUGACAUCAACAAAAGUAAAAAUCCAUUCCACAGCUGAAAGUACGACAUCAACAACAGAUAAAGUCCCUUUGACACUGGAAAGUACGACAUCAACAACAAUAAAAGUUCCUUCCGUACCGGAAAUUUCGGCAUUAACACCAUUAAAGAGCUCUCCCACAUCAGCAAGUACAGCAUUAACAACAAAAAAAGUUCCUUCAAAACCGGUAAGUACGAAAUUAGCAACAGUAAAAAUCCAUUCAACAACAAGAAGUACGGCCUCAGCACCAGUUAAGGUCCGUUCCACAACGGGAAGUACCACAUCAACAACACUUGAUAUUUCUUCCACACAAGGAAGUACGACAGCAUUUGAAGUUUCUUCCACACCGGAAAGUACGGUAUCAGCAACAGUUAGUAUCCCUUCCACGUCUGGAAGUACACCAUCAAAAACAGCUACUAUCUCUUCCACAGAGAGUAAUACAGCACAAACAACUGUAGAUAUUACUUCUACAGCGCCAACAACAGAUGUUAUCCAUUCAAUCGCGGGUAGUACAGCGUCAACAGCAGUAACUAUUCCUUCCACAGCGGACAGUACAGCAUCAACAACAGUUAAUAUCCCUUCUAAAGAAGGUAGUACAGCAUCAACGAUAGUUACGGUCCCUUAUACUCUAGAAAGUACGACAUCAACAGCAGUUAAGGUUCCAACCACAACAGAAAGUAAGAAAACGACGCUUAAGUCAGAUACAAAAGAACCAUACAUUAGGUAUGCAACUAUCUUAACACAUGUAGAAGGCGACAAAAAGUCAGAAAGCCUUAUUCAAGAACAGACAAUAACAGAAACUCCUGUCAUUUCUCCUGCUUCUAAUACAACCCGUAAAUUGUCCAAAAUAAGACAUAAAUUUGAUCUUACUUCUAACAAUACGUAUCCAAAUCCGAAGAAAGAAACUUACGAAUAUGUAAGAAAUACAAAAAUCGCUAAAGGGAAAGCAAAACUGACUUUUAAGAAAAUAAGAGUCACAGUAAUAAGGACAUAUCAAGAAGGAAAACGCAUCGUUUUACAGACGUACCAAAAGGUCAAAAACAUCGCAACAACGGUUGUCGUGACAACAUAUCGGCGGUCAAGAGAACUACUUAGACAAGCGCUGCAAAGAGUUGAAGCAUUAUGGAAGUAUUGUAAAACUGGAAUUGACCAUUAUAUAGUAAAACCGCUUCUAAAUGCCAGAGUUAUUGUGAAAAGUAAAUUUGAACAGACAUAUACGCGAUUAAGUGAAAUAUUCAACAGAGGUAAAACGAUAUUGAGAAUGACAACAGAUAAUGUGCGGGAGGAGGCGUCUACCUAUUUUGAUAGUUUAGCUAAAUACUAUACGGAUGUAUAUAGACAAUAUUCAACUGAAGUUAGAGACAUUUUUGAGUCUUUAAAAAUUCCUGACAGCUAACAGUGUU